AUGAAGAGGCGUGAGCGGCUGGGAACUUACAGCAAAGCCACAGGGGGUGUUGGGAAUCCCCUCGAGGAGGAGUCACAGCUGAAACAGCAGUCGGCGCACGUUCCACCCUUUUUCCCUUCCCGUAUCCUUGGAAGCUUGUCCCACCCUGUGACUGAAACUGGCAGUGAGCUGGACUGCCACGCUCCCUUUGGUAGCACCCUGCCCUCCAUGAAGGGCAGUGGUAGGCUCAGGUCGGACCACAGAACCUUCAUAGAACAGGUGCGAGAAUGCAUGGACAAUGGCUACUUGCUCUCCUCCAAGAGGAUUGGCUCUGGAGCAUUCUCCAAGGUCUACCUGGCCUAUGCCACACAGGAGCGCAUGCAGCACAACCCCAAGCUGUCCUCUGACUUGCGGGGCAAGCACCACACCAUGGUAGCUAUCAAGAUUGUCUCCAUGGCUGAGGCCCCUGUGGAAUUCUCUCAAAAGUUCCUGCCCCGUGAGAUCUCAUCACUCAAUGCUACCUAUAAGCACCAGAACGUGGUACAGCUGUAUGAGACCUAUCAGAACAGUCAGCGCUUCUACCUGGUGCUGGAGUUGGCUGCCCGAGGUGACCUGCUGGAACAUAUCAAUGCUGUGUCAGACUACCGACACUGCCCAGGGCUGGAGGAAGAGGAAGCCCGAAGGCUAUUCUGGCAGUUGGUCAGCGCUGUAGCCCAUUGCCACAAUGCUGGCAUUGUGCACCGGGACCUGAAAUGUGAGAACAUACUCCUGGACGACCAGGGCUUCUUAAAGCUGACAGAUUUUGGCUUUGCUAACCACUCAAGCCUCAAGAAUUCACUGCUGAGCACCUUCUGUGGCUCUGUGGCCUACACAGCCCCAGAGAUCCUCAUGAGCAAGAAGUACAAUGGCGAACAGGCCGACCUAUGGAGCCUAGGUAUCAUCCUCUACGCCAUGGUGACUGGGAAGCUGCCAUUCAAAGAGAGCCAGCCUCACCGCAUGCUGCACCUCAUGCGCCAUGGACCUAUCUUCCAGCCUGGCCUGUCUCCAGAGUGCCGGGACCUUAUCCGGGGACUGCUCCACCUGCGCCCACGUGCACGCCUGGAUCUGCAGCAGGUAGCUGCACACCGCUGGAUGCUUCCUGCUGUGCACACACUCUUCCGCUCGGUAGUGGGUACCACAUCAGUUUCAGAGAAGCUAGCGGGUUCACAGCUCCUAGCGCCCCAGGAGGAUGCAGAGCAUGGUGCAGACUCAACCUACCCAAGGCGGCAACAGCAGAAGCACACCUGGGAGGAGAGCGCCUUGGGCCUGGCGCUCAGGACCUCCAAUGUCUUCCCCAGACAAGAAGCAGGUUCUGCAGGGCUGGGGCUCUGGUGCACCAAAGCAGGGAGCCAGUCACUGUGUCUAUGCUCUACCUAUGCUGUCAGGAACAUUCCUGGGCACUACAUGAUCAACUGAGGGUGGGUGAAUGGGUGGGUAUGGGCAGAUAAAAUGUUUAUUCUGUGGAGCUGGGAGUGCUGCUGUCUUA